AUCAGAAAACAGUCAGUAUCAAGUAAAAAUAUAUUAGAAGAAACUAAGGAAUUACAGUGGACAUACUUCUUUUAUAUGAUAUAAAAACUUGUUAAGAUUUGAUAAGGGUUCAGAUGUUUCGAAAUCAUAUUGCAUACGGUAUAACAACUUAUCCAAAUUCCUCUAUAAUAGUCGACCUUUGGAGCCGUGAUAUGGUCUUAAAAACUCCUUCAAUCUUGACCACAUCGCUUCAAUGUUAUUAGUAUGACGUUUGUGGUUACUGAAACGGUUAGGACGGGUGUUUUCACUAACAGAUUGUUCAGGAAGUGCAUGCUUUCUAUCUGUGUUUCGUAUAAUUAGUAUUGUUCCCAGCCUCCAUGAUCGGCGCCAUCCAAUCUGUUUCUAUGUAUGCUUCUGACUAGACAGAUCCCUAAACUACUUCAUCCACUAGACUUACUGAGACAGUCUGAUCAACAGCACAGUAUUCUUUGACACUUGAUCAUCCAUAAUCAGAGAAUAACAAGAAUGAACACUUAGUAGUAUUGUGGCUUUCCUUAUCUACUUCCCGCUCUUCAGCUUAUCGGGAAUAAGAGCUAGGUUUUGUUAGUUCAAUACCUUAUAAAUAUUUAAGAACCGUGACAGUAAUUUAGGAAAAAAUUUGAUUCACAAAAUUCCAUACAUGAAAUGCCAAAAGAUGAUAUAACUCACGAUACGCGAUACUGUAUUUUCUAACAGCAUAUAUCUCUCAAAAUUAAGUUUGACCAUGUUCUACUGAAUAUAUUUUGUUUGGAAGCUAGUUGGUUUGGUGAUUUGAGCUUGUAGUAAGUGAGAAAGUUGGCUAUGCAGUGUAUACAUAUAGAAUUCUAAGAAUUAUAAUGAAACAUUUAACUUUAGUUUUGAUUCUUAUAUCAGUUGAACUUCAUUUGUGUUAUGGAAUUGUCUAUUGAACUUAAAAUCUCCUCACGUCACCGAAAUCAAGCCUAUUGGCAUUUCAAGCAAAGCGGUUGUAGUUCGACAUGUAGAAAAGCUAUUAUUAGUAUAAUAUUUUGCGUAAUAGAUCUUACUUUAUGUAUUGCUCCUAAUAAAGCUCUUAAAUUUUAGGUGCGUCUUGUGCAUGUGGGUCAAUCAGUGUUUAAGUGUUUCGAGGAAAUUCGGUCGAAAUAAUGGUUACUAUUGGUUCAUCGUUCUUCCCAAAUGUAGCAGAAACUUUAUUUACCGGAAUUUAUAUAGCUCUACAAAUGGUGUUGAAAUGACUCGAAUGCAACAGCGCUAUGCUCUGUUGAAUAAGAAAUGCGAAGAAUACAUAACCACAUUCGAUCAAGUUAAUCCGCGGGAUGUGUUUGUAAACAAUGAAGUAAAGUUGAGCAAAAUUCAAGUGUAUGGGUUUGAUUAUGAUUACACGUUGGCUCAUUAUACAUCCGAGUUGGACGAAUUUAUUUUCAAUGAAUCUCGUAACUGGCUUGUUGAACAGAUGAAGUAUCCUGAAGAAAUUCUGAACUAUAAUUAUACUGAGUUCGCUAGACGUGGUUUACAUUUUGAUGUAAAACGAGGCUUAUUAAUGAAAGUAGAUGCAUUUCAUCAUAUUCAACUGGAUACUGUUUAUCGUGGAUUUACACUACUGUCAUUGGAUGAGAUAUUAAGAGUUUAUCGUGGAAGUCAUUUAUCUAGUGAUAUUUUAAAACAAAAAUUUACACCUAAUGACACCAUUAUGAUUCAGUUGAUGGAUCUUUUCCGAUUACCGGAAAUUAAUCUUCUAUGUUCUAUUAUAGAUUUUUUUGAUCGACAUGGAAUAGAUUAUAAGCCUGUUUAUGUUUAUCAGGAUGUUUCUACAGCUGUAGCAAGAGUCCAUAAGUCUGGCCUUCUAGGUCAAACCGUAAUGUCUGAUCCAGAAAGGUAUAUUGCGAAGGCACCUCAACUAUCUACGUUUUUACAUCGCUUAGUAAAAAAUAAUAAGAAAUUAUUUGUUAUUUCAAACAGUUCAGCUGCUUACAUAGAUAGGGGUUUAAAAUUUUUGGUUGGAAACGACUGGCAAGAAUUAUUUGACGUGAUCAUUUCUAGAGCCAAUAAACCAUCGUUCUUUAAAUCACCACUGGGGCAAUUUCGACGUACUGAUAUCAGUGGAACUUUCAAACAUUGGGAAGCGGUUCAAACAUUUAAACGAGGUCAAAUAUAUGAAGGAGGUUGUUUAGAACAGAUGAUAAAACAUACAGGUUGGUCUUCAGCUAGUAUAUUAUAUUUUGGAGAUCAUGUCUAUGCUGAUCUUGCAGAUGUAGCCAGCACAUAUGGUUGGACGACUGGAGCUGUUAUACCGGAACUUGAAAGUGAACUUAUUGCUGCGAAUAAUCAUGAUUUCAAAAUUAUUUUAAAACGUUUAAGAAUGCUAGAAAAGUUGAUUCAGGAAAACCAACAUGUUCAUACAGCUGAAGCAAAAUUAUUACUUGAAAAGUGGCUUGAUGAAAGAAACGCUUUAAGACGUGCUAGUAAAUGUGUAUUUAAUCCACAAUUCGGAAGUAUUUUUCGUUCUUUUCAUAAUCCGUCUUAUUUUUCACAACGUCUUGGACAAUAUGCAACACUGUAUACAUCAAGAGUUACGAAUCUGUUACAUUUCCCACUAGAUCAUGCAUUUUUCCCUAAAAGAACUGCUUUACCACAUGAAUCAUUUUAA